ACCAAUAGUGCUUUUAGAGCAGAACCCAACGAUGAACAUCUUUAUAAUCACAUAGAAUUAUCCAAUAGACAGCCUGUACCAAGCAGAGCCCCAACGGCAAACCAAAUUUACCAAGAAGAAGCAGUAUACCAGAAUUGCGAAGGGAAUAACAGACCAGUAGCAACCAAUACUGCUUUUAGAGCAGAACCCAACGAUGUACAUCUUUAUAAUCACAUACAGUUAUUCAAUAGACAGCCUGUACCAAGCGGAGCCCCAGCAGCAAACCAAAUUUCCCAAGAAGAAGCAGCAAACCAGACUUACGGAGGGAAUAACAGACCACAAGAACCCAUGAAAAAUAUUGCGAUAUGUCACCGUAUGCCAUUUGCUAUGAUAGCUGUUCUGGUCCUAUGCCUCUUGGCAACGGUUGGUGCAUCGAUCAGUUUAGCCAUCAGGAUGUCUUCUGACGGUAAUUUUUCAGUUAAUUUGAAUGUAGCUAAUUCUUAUAAUACAUGUUUUUAAAUCGGUUGAUCUGGAUUGAUCCAACCAUCUUUCACCCUGGGGGGAACUUCCAUAUAAAAGUGACGUGGGUGCUAAUCGGAAAAUUAAAGUUAUACCCCUAAGGCAGACCAAUGUGGGCGUGGCUAAAGCUUAAACUGACCUCUAAAGGAGGGCAUACUAAAAACAGACUUCAUGGCAUUUUUUCUAAUUUUUUUUUUAUGCACAGCCCUAAGCGAUACCUGAAUGGGCAAAAUGUAGUGACUUUCCUUCCCAAACACCCCAAGUAAGACCAAAAUUUGCAAUUUACACGGCCUAAGCGAGGCUACAAGCAUCAGGCAGUCACUUUUAUAUGGGAGUCCCCUGGGUCUUUCACUUUAUUUCAUUGUACGCAGUGGAUGGUAUUGGCCAUCUCUCGUUCCCUUUCAAUAGGGCACAGCACGUUUUAGGGUUUAUACAUCAUAUUAUUUUCAGGCCACAAGUUAUUUAUUAUUUAUUGUCUUAGAUUCCCGUUAUUUCUGACCCUACCUGUAAUUCAGUUCUCACUGCAAAAGGUAGCAAUAAACCUAUUUAUUUAUUUAUUUAUUUAUUUAAGCACUUGGGUGACCGGAAAUCGUGUGAUCUUUAGCGCUUUCAUGAAUGAAUCUAAUGAGACGGGUAAUAUUUGAUUCACUUUCAUUUAUAUGUUUGUGGCUGCGAUUAGCCUGUGCCAGGCUCUCAGAUAAUAGGGACAUUGCGAAAAUAAAGGUCGGUACAAAGGGGGGAAUUUCAUAUAUCCCAUGAUGCUUCGCGUCAAAUUUCUGUCUUCUCUCCACGGUGGAAGGAGCGUUCGAGGGUUUCGAGUGAGAUUUUCAACGACAUGAAUUUCAAGAUGCAGCUCAUCCAAGAUAAGUUUCAAUAAGUCCUGUUAAUCUUUGGUAUCUUAUUAAUAAUGUAAAAUGGUUCCAUGGUCAUUUCACCCAUUAUUGCUUUCGUUUACGGCCCGGUUAAGCCAUGCUGUUUUAACUCGCAAGUGAAUAUUUAUUUAGAUGACUUUCAAUUAUCGAAAACUGUCUUUAUUCUAGCAAGGUUUUGCCCUAAUAAAUUAUUUAAAUCGGCGGACAAGGGGUGCUUGAUACUAGUUCCACGCUCCGACCUCUUUCGACCUCGCGAUUUUUAUGGGUUUGAUCGUUUUGAAAUAUCGCAUUUUCUGCCCUUUCUCCGCUAAGAUGCAAGACGAAGGUUUCAGUUUCUUUAUGCUAAGUCCUGCGAAGAUGGGACAUUUUUUCUUGAACUCACUCUUUUUUCGCUGAUCAAAACACAAAUAUUAUCUCUUGAGUGUAUGAUGAAUGUUUAAAUUCAAUGGUUUAUAGUUAUUAAAGCUUUUUUGUCUCAUUAUUUUAGGUAAAAUUGGUUUCUCAUGGUGGCUUCCGGUCGCAACCGCGCGUGGCGAACUUGAAAAAUACAGGCCAGCAAAUGUCAUGGAAUAGCACGCCGUAGGACCUCAACUGGCGUAUAAAACCUUUUAAGACAUUUUGAUAAUUCUUUUAGGAUCCACUGUAGUGAAGAAGUGGGUGUUUUUGUAUAUGUAUUUUGCAUUUCUUAAUAAAGCUUUUUUCUGUUUAUGUUUGACAAUGAUACUUAGCUGGUGUUGUGUUACGAAAAAUAUAGAGAUGUCUUUGUUAUUUUUAUUGUUUGUUGGAGCUAUUUCCCUCCUUUGAAUUUUAUCUCCGAUAGACGUCAAUUUGCACUUUAACGGUCUCGGUUUUUUCGACUUCAUAAGCCGAGCUUGUUAAAGUAAAAGAAUGUGCGGUCAGCGUACGGUUGAUGUACUGCACCGAUGAAUUAUUGAACUGACAAUAUGAACACCGCUAUCACCAACAAGCAACGAAGAGAAAUCUCACACCUAGAAUAUGUAUUUAUUUCAAGACAAGUUCGUGGAAAUUGCUUGUUAAUCCAUGGAGAGCUUUAUCAACGCGCGUUAAAACAGGAUGAACUGAAGCAAAGACCUUCCUCGCUGCUAUCGCAUAAUCGGCGGCCAAAACACUCUCUUUGACUUAACAGGAUAUAUAUUUGGAAUAGUAAAGCGAAUAUCGUAAAUAGAUCGACACAGCAAAGGUACAGAAAGUUUUCUCGGCAAAACAAGUCGCUUUCCACUGCUGUUCAACUGUCACGUCCCGGUUGAACUGAUAGCAUCACGUGCGUUCGGAUGCUUGAUAAUAUAGUAUGAAGCGAUGCAUCAUGGGAUAUAUGAAAUUCCCCCCUUUGGUCGGUACACACUUGGCGACAAGUUGCAGCAACACGUUGCAGCGACACGUUGCAGCGACAAAUCGCGUCGUGUCUGCUGGAAAGUUUUUGUGGAAAUCUUUGUCUCCGCAACAUAAUUUUGUCGCUGCAACAAGUCGCAGAAAAUCAAAUCAGACAGAAUUUGUGCGACUUGUUGCUGCGACAAAACUCUGUUGCAGAGACAAAGAUUUUCUUCACAAAAAUUACACCAAGAAAAGUAGCUUCCUUAACACGGUCAAUCGAAUAAUUACUAAUAUUAAAAGCUAAAUCAAGUGUUUGCCUGUUUUGUCUCGGUCUGAAUAUGAUAAAAUUAGAUUUCUUAACAUUAAUAGAUAGCUUAUUUGUAUAAAACCAACACGUUAUCUUUUUCAAUUCUAAAUUUACAACUUCCAUAAGAUAGGAAGCAUCAGUAUGCGAAUAGAAGAUAUUAGUGUCAUCAGCAAAUAGUAUCAGCUCUAAGACCUUUGACACAUUACAUAGAUCAUUUAUAUAUACUAAGAAUAACAGGGGACCUAAGAUAGAUCCCAGAGGGACUCCGCAAGUGAUAUCUAAUGAUGAAGAGUUGUAACCAUUAUAUUGCACAAAUUGAUUUCGACAAGAUAGAUAACUUUUAAACCAUUGUAAAGCAAUACCACGUACUCCAUAAUGUUCUAAUUUGUCGAGCAAAAUUUCAUGAUUUACUGUAUCAAAGACCUUAGAUAAGUCAAUGAAUAGGCCUAAAGUUACCCUUUUAUUAUCAAGUGCAUUUGAGAUCUUGUCAUACAAUUAGAUUAAAGCAUGUGCAGUAGAAUAAUUUUUUCUGAAUCCAUACUGAUUCCGGGAAAGAAUAUCAUAUUUAUUUAAAAAAUUAAUGAGGCGAUUGUAGACGAUUCUCUCCAGGAAUUUAGAGAAAACUGGUAACACUGAUACGGGUCUGUAAUUUGUGAACAAAGAUUUCUCACCAGAUUUAAACAAUGGAAUAACUCGUGCAAUUUUCAUCUCUUGGGGCACAACUCCAGAUUUAAGAGACAAGUUAAUUAUAUACGUCAAUGGUGCGCAGAUUAAGUUAAAAGACUCUUUAACAACAUUCAUUGAAAUACUAUCAUAUCCUGGAGCAGUACCGGAUCGAAAGCUGCUACAAAUCUCAGUGACUUCUUGUUCUGAUGCCGAUUGAAGAAAAAAUGAAUUAAUAAAGCAUCCAUUCAGAAAAGAAAGAUGAGAUUUGUCAGACGCCGGAAUCGAUUUAGCUAAGUUAGGUCCAAUAUUCGUAAAAUACUCGCAAAAACGGUUUGCUAUAUGAGUAGGAUUACAUAUUUCUUCUUCAUUAGAUUUGAAGGUGGAAGGCAAAUUACACUUGCUUUUCUUCUUGUUAAUAAGAUCGUUAAGUAAUUUCCAAGUUGAUUUUGCAUUUGAUUUAUAUUCAUCUAACUUUUUAUUGUAGUAGAGACGUUUAGCAACGCGAAGGGAAUGUGUCAAUUUGUUUUUAUAACUCUUGUAAAGUUUCUCACGAUGUGGAGUUGGGUUAGCAAGGAAACGCUUGUAUAAUAAAUUCUUUUUUCUUACCGAUUUAAGAAGACCUUUAGUUAUCCAUGGUUUGCUCAAAGUAACAUUCUUUACUUUCACUUUUUUGAGAGGAAAGCAGUCAUUGUAAAUGGUAGUUUAUUUAUCAAGAAAACACCGAUAAGCGCAAUCAGUAUCUUUACAUUCAGAUAAUUCAUCCCAAUGAACGUUUGCAAGCCUAUCUUUAAACUUAGCGACAUUAUUUCCACUUUUAUCACGAAAAGAAAGCCAAGAAGUUUUAUUUAAGUUCUUGUUUUGAUCAAGAAGCAGUGUGAAAAUCGGAAGAUGAUCAGAUAUAUCACAAAACAUCAGCCCGCUAACAGAUAAGUUGUUUAAAUUAUUCGUGAAAAUAUUAUCAAUUAGCGUAGCCGUGUUAGAAGUUAUUCUUGUCGGACGUGUGAUCAAUGGAAAAAAACAUUGUUGAAUACAUAGUUUCUAACAAUUCUCCAGUUGUGUCGUGACAAUGGUGGUUGAUUAAGUCUAGAUUCCAGUCACCUAAAACAUAGCAAAUCUUGUUUUCCUUAGAGAUACUUGCAAGCAACGAAUCCAGGCUAUUCAUAAAAUCUUGUAAAUUUGAAUUUGGUGGCCUGUAAACCACACCUACAAUUAUAUUUUUCUCUUUCGGCCUAUUGAUUUCCACAAACAAAGACUCAGCACAUUCAGUGCAAGAAAAAACUAAGUCAAGUCGACAUUUAAAAUCAAAAUUGUCCCGCUAAAUAUAGACCUACACCUCCACCUGUCCUAUCUUUACGUGGAUUGUGGACAAAAUUAUAACCUGAGAUAUCGGUAUGAUGCGAUGAGUCUCGAAGCCAGGUCUCAGUUAUACCAAUAAAAGAGAACCUCAACUCUAAAUUCUUUAGCAAAGUGGUUAAGCUAUCCAAAUUACGAUGAAGGCUACGAAUAUUAAGAUGCAGAAGCGAUAAACAAUUAUUGACUUCUAAUAUAUUUUUCUGAUGCAACAUUUCAUUGAAGUUUUCUUCGGAAUAAUAUUCGCAGUCAACUAACUCCGUGAAGAAAUUAGCAUCAGGAUCAUGAUGGCUAGAAAGGCUAAAUUUUUUAUAUGUUUCAGAUAAUAAAGGAUUAAACCUGAGACUAGCUAACCUUUUGGGAUCGUAACGUAUAGGUCCAUUUAACUGCUCAAAUAUAGCCAAACGAAAGUCUUCUUCGUUUAAAUGAAUAAACGGUAAUUCUUCCAUUAAUGAGUCGAACAAAAAAAAUUUUGCAAUAUACUUAUCUUAAUCAUUUGAAGAACCGGAGGGCUUAUCACGAAUGAUCAAACGAUCUAAGAUAAAAUAUGCUGAUUUUCCUGCUUGCUUGGCCGCCUUGAGCUUCUCCAAAUGAGGUUUCCUCUUUUCAAGCGUCGCUUGCGAAAGAUCGUCUCAAAUAAACAGUCCUUCUGGUUUUUCCUUUCUUGCCUUUCUUACUACAGCUUCUUUCUGCUUCCAGCUACUCAGUCGGCACACAAUAACUCUAGGCUAAUUAAUUUGUUGGGCGAGUAAAGGUUUAUGCAAAUGACAGUAAUGAUCGAGUGAAGGCUUGCUUCUUAAUUCAAAUAUAUAUUAAAAUGGGUUGCGAGGAGCAGGGGCGGAUCAAGGGGCAGGGGGCAGGGGGUGCGCACCCCCUCCCCCCCUGAGAUGACCUGCGGGUUCUCUAAUACAACUGGUAUUCUGCAAAAAAAACAAACAAACAAACAAACUAUGUGGUUUAUUGGUGUUGAAGUAGAGCAAGAGACGAGUGCACCCCCUCCUAAAAAAAAUCCUGGAUCCGCCCCUGGAGGAGGGUGGUUUUCAAGCCGUUCCGCACACAGCUACCUCUUUUCAUUGUUUGCCGUGAAUUAAUCAUUUGGCGGUUAUCCAUUUACGGCUCUGCAAUGGUCUGAAAUGUCGGUGCAGUAUUUCAUGUCAAGCUAAGUCGGUAAGUAACUCAUGUGAAGCCAGCAUAUAGUCUCCUUAUAUGUAACCGACAUUUGCUUACUUGAGGUGCUUUGUUUCUUGAGGUUGACAUGAAUUACUUACAGACUAGUGAGACUAGGAUCUGUGAACUUAAGAAGAGGUUAGGGGCUCCUGUCUUUGGAUUUUAGUGGACAAUACUCACAUUCGUAGUAGUUUGUAUACUGUUUACAGUCAGCCUGAUAUUUCAGACGUGACGUCUCCUCGAGUCGCAAGAGGAGUUUGCGACUCGUGGAGACGGUCGAAAUUCAAGUUAUUUUACAGUCCCCCUUUUUUUCCGCCUGGUUGAGGAUGGCGAUCGCCGCUGUGAUUUGAUUUGGGCAUCCACUGUGACGCUGCAUUUUUUUUUUCCACUCUUUGUGCUGAAACCCUGUUCCCCCCUAUAUUUCGAGCCUAAGCCUAAUUUAUCGAAGACACUUAAAGGUUUGCUAAUGAGACUUGUUAUUUUUGAAAACACUAUUUUUCAGCUAAAUUCACUGAAUAUUACAGUAUCCGUUUGUUACGUGUCCGGGUCAAAGGUGAAUAGAAAGGAAAGGAGCCGUCCGUCUUUGUUUGUGUGUUUUUGUGUUCCACCUUGCUAAAUAUAACAGUCUCAGAGGAUUUGGUUCCGUCGUGUCAGUGUCAUGUCUGGGGUCUGAAACGGGCAUAGGAAGUCUGUGUGAAUGUCCAUGAUCACGGGAAUCACAACAGCCCGUUCCAUAAAAGUUGUAGUUCCAUUAUUGGGUCAUUAUUUUAUUCUGGGGAACUCAAGAUUGUUUUUUUUUAAUUAUGUGGGAUGAGUAGUCAACUUUGUUAUCUGAUGCAAAUCAAAGUAAGAAUUUAAUUAAGGAGAGUCUAGUCACCGAGAAUAGCUUCGCAUUAUUGUUUCCAAAAUAAAAUCUUGUUCACUAAAAUCUAGUAGCGUCUCACAAGAUUCAAAGCAACAAACACGUUAGCAAAGCAUUAUUAUUAUACAUCAGACUCAUUAUGAAAAAACUGAUUGGUCGAGAGCAUUCAAUCAAUUCACAAUAGCUUGUGAACUUGACAUGAUAAAUGCAAUAUCUGCUGCAGAUAUUGCAUUUAUCUUGUCAAGUUCAACGUCUGCCUGGUUACCAAGCCCCUCGGAGUGUUCUCCUCAGAAACAGAAUGGCUGAACGCUUCGCUUCUGUUUCUGAGGAUGAAUUAUGUCGAUUAAUUGAGGAAAAAGAUCCCAAAAAAUGUAUAAUAAAACAAUUAUUGAAUUCGGUUUCGCAUGAUAUCAUGAAUUAUCAAAACCUCGUGUAUGUAUUAUCUGCCUCAGCCUUCGGCUUCGGCAGAUAACACAGACCUCGGUUUUGAUAAUUCAUGAUAUCACGCUCAACCUCAUCCAAUAAUUGUUUAAUAUUCGAACUAGCACCAACUUCGCUCUCACCAGGUUUGUCGUCAGGGGAUACCCAAAUCACUUUGACGCGGCGACCGCCAUCUUCAACUUGGCGGAAGAAAAUAGGGGGCUGUAAUCUAGCUUGAAUUUCAGCCAUCUCCCCGAGUCGCAAACUUCACUUGCGACUCGCAAGACUGCUAAAAUUCAGGCUAACUGAUAACAGUUAGAAACUACCGCUGCGCUACCUCUGCCACUGCAACUAUUCACGGCGAAAGUGAAUCUUAUCUAACUUGGUCCAAAGCUCUUCUUGCGAUCGCAAAGCCCUAAAUGGAUAACCGUUAAACCGUAAGGCAAACUGAUUUACAAGAUGUGGCUGUGGGAGGAAAGCUUGAAAACCUCCCUCCUCGCAACCCAUUUUAAUACGUUUUGAAUUUAGAAACAAGCCUUCACUCAUUACUGUUAUUUGCCUGGACCCUCACUCGCCCAACAAAUUAUUUGUGACCAGAUAUUGUUUUCUCAUGCUCGGAGAUAAUACGAGUUUCUUUUUCCUCAUUCUUUAUUUUUCGUUUCUUUUUUUGUUAUUUUACGUUAUUAUUAAUUUUUACAAAAAUUAUUAUUAUAUUAUUAUAAUUUUUUUAACGAAAACUAUCCUUAUUUUUUUUUCAUUUUCCGGAAUGUUCCGGAAUGUUCCGGAAUGUUCCAUGUUCCGGGUUUUAUCGACGGCCGACACGAUGUCCUACUAGUUUUAUUAUUUUGGCUAGGCGCUCUCGAAUUUACAAUACUGAGAUUUCUAUUUUUCUGUUGCCUUAAUAUUUCCUCGGCAAUUUCCCCCGAUUUUCAGUACAUAAAUCUUUAAAAACAAAAGCAAACAGCCAACGAGCGAGGACUCCAGUUUUCCAGGUAUAUUUUUUACAAAAAGCGAAGGCAAUUAACAACCAGUCUGUUACCUUAAGCCACCAGCUUUUAUCAUAAUGCCUACACUGAAAAUUCCUUGAACAGCGAUGCGAUAUUUCUCGUCUAAUACUUCACAGUUGGCGAUUUAGGUUUCUUUCGCAGCGAGCCUCCGCUUGCGUACCUCGCUCGGAGAAGUCAUUCCCGGCUAAACUUUCAAAUGAAACCAGUUUUAAGAUGGACAGUAUUUUGAUUUGCACUCGGUUGUUGGUAAAUCAAGAGGCACCUUGUUAGGCCAUCCCCAUAAAAUUUUGUAGCCUUUUUAGACAUUUGAUAGUCCUGUUAAUAUACAUCUUUUACCAUUUGAUUAUAUCUUGCAGACUAAACGUGAGAUUGAAUAUGCAAUCAUGUGUUCGUUCUUUUUUUUUUUUUUUGCCCGACCGACCGACCCACCUUCACGAGAGGGAGGGCGAUGGGAAACGAAACAUUUUAUGGGGAUGGCCUUAGCGGUCAACGACUUGCAGAGAGAUUCAACUCUACGAUACACUCACAUUGGUUCCGUAAAUAAAGCACAUCCAGAGAAUGUAUGAACAACCAUAUGAAUUUUCUGAAUUUCCAUGGUACAUAUUAAGGCAUAUUUUCCUACCAUAAGACCAUAAAAAAAUAAAAAGACAGCAAAAUCGAUCCUUUUCUCCGCCGGAGACGGAUCAUUUACGAAAACAACCACGCGAGGCAUAAGCGCUUUCAACUUCCGGCGUUUCCGACAGCCAAUCAGAUCUUGUGGCAUUGUUCUAACAGCCAAUCAGCGUUACACCCAAAAUCUGGCCGUAACGAGCAUAAAUGUGAGAGCUAGUUUGUAUCAGGCCCAAUUUUAGCGCUGGCCGUUAUAGAGAAUGUAUGAAAACCGCUAAAAAUGUGCCUGAUCUCAGGUUUGUAACUAUAGCCAUCGUAUUCUCUCUUUCACACAAGUGACAGUUAUUUCAGUGAAAUCAGUGCGCGCCUAAAAGCUUGUUUCGAUGCCGUUUAGCAGUUUGCUGUUAGAUAUUGGUCACCUUGAGAAAAGUUUCCCGGAGGGCAUCAUGUAAAGCCCUGAGAUGGGACAACGUUAUUACGAUUCGCAGAGUCUACAUCGUCCAAUAUCGCCUUAUAUUCUCGUUUCAUUUGACUAAAGGACUUUACUGCCCUUUGCAUAUCAGACAUUUACUGAUUUAGAUUUAAACGAAUCAAUCACCCUGAUACGGGCUGAGACAGAAAGGUACGAUAUUGUUCGCUAAGUGACCACUAAGUCUUUGGCCCCGGGAACAGGCUCUUAGGAGUCAAAUGAAUUAGGUGAGAGCAAAAUUGCGGCUGAACUUAGACCCGGGCCAAGACGUUUUUUCUGGUGUGAAAACAAGGUUAAGGUGGUCCGCCGACCGUAUGACUCACGGACUGCUUAAAUACCAAAGGAUCCUAUAGCUGUAGAUGCAGUGAAGGUUAUACACAGAAUGAACUUUGUCUUUGUACAGGUUUGUUUCUUCCUGUGUGUUACUCCACCUUAUUCUCGUUGCAUCAAAAACUAAACGAAUAGUGCUCCUGGCGCACAUUAACUGGAAAACGUCGUUUAAAACUGACCAUGUUGAAGUUGUGCUUGAAGCAGAUCGGUGUUGUGUCAGGGAGCAGUUUGUAACUAUUUUUUCCCAGUUUCCUCGCAACCUCCAAACGGCCCACUGAAGAAGCCAUAGCGUCCUCCAGAAUAGUUCUAUGGUUUAAUUGACCCUUCCACGGGUUUUUCAACUUUUGUCUGGGAUCAGUUACGAAAAAUCCGGCAACAUGCCUUAAAAGAACGUGUUAAAAUCAAUAAAGUUGCUAAGUUUGAAAGCCAUCUAUUGAAAACUAACGAAGAUACUACUCCGCAAAGUCGAUGAAUUUUACAGAAUUUUGUGUCAUUUAGGACAAAUUCGUGCCCCCCCCCCCAAAAGAAAGAUAUUUGUACUUUUUCAAGCAAAUGUUGACGUGUAGUAAAAGUUUUACUUGUUGUCCCGUAAUUAAAUGCUCAUAACUCACCUGACAACACUGAAGCAAGUCAUUGCUGAUGAAGACAUCCGGAAUGGAUGGAGAGAUGGAUGGGUUUGAGAGAAAAGUCCAGAGGUUUUUAUCUGCCAGUAGGCUGAGUUUUUCCAAAGUUAUUCGACGAUAUUUCGCUUCUGUUAAACGUGAGAAGAUUAUGCGUGGUUGUGGAUAGUCUUAUCUGGUGUGAAAACAAGACUAAGGUGAUCCGCCGACCGUGUGACUCUACAUCCGGGAACUUGAGUAAGACGAGUGUAAGAGAAAAGUCCAGAGGUGUUUAUCUGGCAAUAGGCUGGGUUUUUCCGAGUUAUUCGAUGCGUGGUUGUGGAUAGUCCGUGAGUGCCACGAAAGUGUGUGAUUGUGUGAUUUCCGCAUGGUGUUGACAGGUAUGUGAUCGCGUGGUUGAAAUGCUGUUUCGCCAAAAUAUUCUGCAGCCAUUUAUAUUGUUUCGUCGGUCUUUAGCUUAGCUGAUUGAACCUUAGAAAAGCAACUCUCGACUCAGGAAAAUUGGAUCUAGGUCUAGUUUCAGCGGGCUCUGAUGGCAUUGCACCAUAGGCCGGUUUUUGCAGAUAAGAAGGUGAUAAUUUGUGCACUAUGUUUCAUUCAGUUUGUUGUAUAUUCCAUGCGGAAUCCUAUUGUUUAUCGGACCGCGAAAAACGUAGUGUUUUGCUAACUAUUUAAGAUGUUAUGUAAGCCUUAACCAGGCACUCUUUCGCUGCAGCUCACUCAACCUUAAAAUUUCUAGACUGAAAUGACACCGGUUUGAAACUUUGCGAAGUCAGUUUACUGAAGAAAUGUUCUAAAAUUUGCGUCAUUUUAAAUUUGGACUCGUUGGAAUGCUUCUAGGGACCAUUAACGUACUGCCCGGUGUCAGAUAAAGGCUUUGAACGAGUUUUAAUGUUUUAAAUUGCCAAGUAGUAGAAUGAGUUGAUAUUUUUGCUAACCCGUUUUUCAAAAAUCCAGUUAUAAAUUGCACAGAAAUCACGAGGGAGCAUCUUUAAAUUCGUUAAAGAUCAGUGAAAUGUCUCUCACGAUUUUCUCAUACAUGCAUGUUCUUUGUCGGCGAGCUGAUUUGCUAGAAAAAGCACUUUUCUAGGUAUGAUCAUCCUCAUAUUCUUUGCAAGUGCUCUAAGGCAUUGUAGAUUGAUGACAAGCUACUAUGUGGCAUUGAAAUAUCAGGCAAAACUCAGAACUAUCGCCUGAAAAGUGUUUGCAGCUUUAAAGUGACUCGAUUCUACUUGAUUUUGCCUUGCAAACAACAUAAUUUGACUUCAGGCACCUAUUCCAUUGAGAUAAUAUAUAUAUAUAUAUAUAUCUGUCUGGAUUUGAUAAAAGGUACCUCCAAAUAUUUUUAUAGAAACAGUCUCAUUUGAGGCUUUUUCAGUUCUUGAUCAUUCUUUUUUUUAAAUGAUCUUUUCAGUACAAAAAUCCCCUUAAAAGCUGCAGUAGAUCAAAAAACAUGUGUUUAAUAUGCUUUUUACAUCUCCCCCCCCCCCCGCCGAAGCUCUUCCCUACCUAUCAUUUCCCAUAAUUCUCUUCUUGUCAUAAAACACUAAUGACAUUUGAAAUCAGCGCGCUCGGUAGAAGUUGUUUUCCCCCAGGGCUGGUUUUUCGUCUCUGGCGUGGCCCACGUUUUAGCCUAGAAUAAUAUAUAGAUUUAGCCAGGGCUAAAAGCGAAGCUCUCUUUAAUAUUUAUAGUUUCCUCAAAAAAAAAUAUAAAAUCGAGCAAUACUAAUGAAACGGUGAAGACAACGAGAACGGUAAAAAAACAACAACAAUAGAUAUAAUUAGCAAAAAGACAAAUUUACACGUUUAUUCUGAUUAGCAAAAAAACUAAUUUGCACGUGCAGCAUGCUUUUUUGAGCAUUUCUUUGCUGUUGUUUUGCACGACUAAAACGUGGAACUUCUUUUAACUUCCUAGUUGCACAUUUUAUGGAGGAAAUGUUUGUGUUCCGUAUCACUGUUUUUUCACUGCAUCUCAUUUCACCUUGGAAGCCGCUAGCUUUUCUCAUUUUCUCACCGCCGCUAUAUAAUUUUUGUUUUUCCUUCCAACGAAAUUGGUCUCGGCUUUUUUGUUGUUGUUGAUUUUCUCUCUCCCUAAAAGUCUGGGUGGCCAUGUGAUUUAACGCCAAAUCAAGCGGGAUGCUUGAAAUGAAAAAUUUCACCUCAGCUAACAUGAAAGGGCGCACGUACGUACGGACGGGCGGACGAUUAUGUCACAACCAAAAUUUCCUGGAUGCAUAGAUGACCGGUAAUAGUAAAUUAUAAUUAUUUUACUCUAUAUAAAGCUUCGAGUUUAACCCUUAAAAUAAUUUGACCAAAAAGGGUUAGCUUUUUCGUCUUUCUUCGGUGUCGCAUAUUUAUACUACGAAGUCACCGUUCGAGGUUGUCUUCUAUAGUGAGAAGUGAUUCAAUUUGCUUUUAUUGAAAUGGAUGGAUGAAAAUUGAUCGCUCUUUUUGAUAUACAAAUCAAGUCCAGUGACAUACAAAUCAUGUCAAAGAGAAUCAAAGUAAAAUCAACCAUUACAGCUGAUUCUUAAGUCGCAAAACAAGCCGAUUAAUAAAAUGGAUUUACAAAGCGAGAUACGAAUUGCUCUUACUGAAAAGAAAACAACAACUUAAUAACAGUCUGGAAACUACUAAGCUGAAGCUUAUGUCAUGUUAGGCCCCUUUCAAACGUGGAAUUUAUUUAUAUGAGUGCCGAACACCUACUUUUGUCGAUGAAAGUAAUUAAAUACGGCAGUUGAUUCAGACGUCGGAUAUGAUGAUGCCGAAUUUAACUCCGUUUGUUGUAAAUAUGACCAGUCUGUAGAAAUUUUUUUUUCUCCAAUAUGGAUAAGGGUUUCUACAACUAAUGCAUUAUAUUCGGCACAUGUGAAAUGCGACUUCUAGAUCAAAUAAUGAACCUAAGUCUAAUUUUGGACUGUUUCAGUCGCAGAUUCGACCAAAGUCUAUUUAAUUUAAAACUGCCGAAUUUAGUUGAUUCAGUCGUUCCAUCUCUAAGCAGUUACCUCUCGAUUUAAAUUAGGCACAUGUGAAAAUCGACGAUUGAGCUGGGUAAUGACAACAGCUAGUGUCCAGUAGUAUUGCUAAUAGUACCGGUAUAGGUACGCUAUGACACAUACCGCAUUUUUUAUAUUCCUGUAAACUUUGCUUUCAAAUUAUCACAUUACGCUACUAGCUAUAUGCACCACAAAGUCUCUAGAGUAGGUCUCCUUUUCGAUUUUAACUUGCAAUAUUGGUCAAUUUACGCAACUUUUAAACUUCAGGCUCAGUUUUCGUUUGGUUCUGCUUUGAAAAUGGAAUGAUAAUUACUCAGAGACAAUACAGUGUAAAGCAUUGUUUAGAAAAACAACAAAAAAUUGCCAAUUUAUGACAAAAUGAUACUUUAAAAACGAACUAAACAUUUAAAACGCUUUGAUCACGUGACUGAUGACGUCAUGUCCCCCUUUGGUCAUGAAAAUAAUUAACAGGUAGAACAUUACUUUCCCGCUAAUUUUCUCUGCCUUGUGAUAAAACGUUGACUCUCUACAGCCCUCGGCCUAGUCACCAGACUUUUUCGCUCGUGUUCAUUACCUCCUUAAAUUUUAAUGCCGGACGUCAACUGGUUAUUUUUAAAUGACUAAAACCUGAAAUAUGCUAUUUGUUUUUAACACGUUGAUGAAAUCUUGUCACAGCGGUAAAAAAACCUAAUUCAUAAAUUGUCACGUGACUGAUGACGUCAUUAUCUUAGAUAUGGUAAGAUAUUUUAUGGCAAAUGUUAUCUUGUUGUGGCAUGACAGUCCUCUGGGUAUAAAAUUGUCAAAGUUACAAAGCUUUUUAAAAAAUUGCAUCAAAGGAGUCUGGGAGAUUUUUUAUGAUAAUUAUAAUUUACUUUUAUAAUAAAUAUUAUUAUUGAAAUCCUUGUGACAUAGCCCCUUUAAGUUAUUAGUAUAGAGGGGAGAAGUGACGUCACGUUGCUAUGGUAGCAAAAUGUUUGGAUAACAACAAACCGAUAAAGUCACUUAAAAGUCUAUUCGCACUAUUUCAAACUUCACCGAUCUUACUCAAUUUCAUUUAAUUUCGCAAAUUUUGGCGAAAUUUUCUUUGGGACCGUAUCUAUCGUUAUCUAAGUUUGCAAAAAGACAAUUUUUCUGCUGCGCGCGUUCACCUACCCCAUAGAGUAAAGAAAUGUACAAAAAAGCGUGAUGCACUUGCACAGUUGUUUUUUUGGUAAACAUAUUAUUUUUUGCCGUUCUCCUUGCCGUCGUUGGUUUUGCUGUCAUCCAGAAAUAGUAGGGAACUUAAGAUGGAGACGCUUUCGGGGCGACGGCGACCGGACUGGCAGAGAAAGCCUUGAACUAAGGCCGCCGUCGCUUCCCGUCAAAAAUAGAACAUUAAGAUCGCAGUGAACUCAGAAGGACGGCGCCUUUAAUUAGAAGAAUAUCGAAGAGGAAAAUAUGGCUUCAUGCAGACAACAUGUAUCGGAUGAAGAGUUUCUCGUUUUGUGGGAAAAUCAUGAGUCCAAAAAUCCCGAUUUUCCUCGGGACGGUUACGAUCCGUUCACGCUAAAAAACAUGCGGGAUGCAGCUGAGUUCAAGGCAGAAUUUCGUGUUGAAAAAAAAAUGAUCUCCACAGGCUUGCCGAAGGCUUGCAAAUUACAGGAACAUUAAAAUGCUACCAAGGAACCGUAUUCUGAGUUUGGUAUUGAAAUAAUUCCCGGGAAAUACUUGCAUGCAACAACAGCAACAACAACGGUCACAACUUUAUUUCAGUAUUCCCACGCCGAGUUAGUACAUGGUAUUACCUACUAUUCUAUAUAAUUUUCAAUGCGUUUCAUUAAUACGAUAUUCUAACGAAAAGAGCGAACUAAAAACACACAAUUGAAAUAUCGGAGUUCAUAUUUUUUGUCUGGAUACUUUUAUUUGGCUCGUGGAAAAAUUUUUUCCCAUGUCAAGCUCACUUACGGUUGGCUGUUUGCCAAGUUGGAUCUUGACCCUGUGACAUGAAAACAUAGAAACAUUCAAAGAUGUAAGUUUAGAUAACAGAGCUUGGAAAUCGAGCUUGAAAUGUGCCUCAAGAAAACGAGGACAAUUUAAGAACGAUAAUCUGCAAAAUGUUGCUUGCUAAACGCAACAAACCUGAUUGAAAUGAAAGUUAAAUACUCACGUUUUCGCCACAACGCCAAACAGACCAGUUUCACGUCCCCGACGGGACCACGACGGCGAGGUGGUGAGCACGAGCAUGCGCAAUAUCCAACAAAUGAUGAUGUCACGUCCGGUUGAAGUUGCCGUCGCCCCGAAAACGUCUCUAUCUUAAGUUCCCUAGUGCUACCAUGGUAACGUGACGUGACACUUCUCCUCUCUAUUAUAACUAAGUAUAACGCUAGCCAACCAUGCGUUCUAAAUUUUUUUUAGGUUGUCCCAGUGAUUGGUCGCACUUUAAAAGCUACUGUUACUUUGUGAGUAAAAAACCUCAACCCUGGAUAGCCGCCCAAGGCUUCUGCAUAGAGCGGAAGGGAGAGCUAGUGCAGAUAACCAGCUUCGAAGAAAACGAGUACGUAUUGAAUCUUGUUAAAAAGCGCGAGCCAUCUCUCGAACAGGUUUGGAUCGGACUCAGGUAUAAUCAAAAGGUGAGCAAGUUCCUAUGGUCUGAUAACGUAGUUCCAUAUUUCAAGUACUGGCCGAACUCCAUUCAAGAACGGCAAGGAGACUCCAGUAAACCUUGCGUCUACAUGUUCACUUCACGCAAGUACGAACCAAGCAAGCCUCCGGGUUCCUGGAAUGAUGUCAACUGUGAGUCUUACACUAGAUUUGUGUGCAAGAAGCUGCAAUAA